AUGGCGCUAACGACGAGGCAGCGGCGUCCGUUGCCGACGGAUAUGCACACGACAUCGUCCACGCCGUACACGAAGCUGGACAAGCCGGAAAAACCCGGCGGCGAUGGCGAGGAGAAGGGAUUAGGAUGGUUCCUGCCACUGGUGGCACUGGGGAUGUUGAGGUAUAUGAGCGCCACAUCGAACAUCAUACACGACUGCGAUGAGGUUUUCAAUUACUGGGAGCCCCUCCAUUUCCUACUCUACAAGUCCGGCUUCCAGACCUGGGAAUACAGCUCGCAGUUUGCAUUACGAUCAUAUUUGUAUAUUCUUCUCCAUAAAUUGGCUGGUGGGCCUGCUUCCUGGUGGUUUUAUGAAGAAAAAGUGAAAGUCUUCUAUGCAGUGCGAUUUUUUCUUGGCUUUCUCUCUGUCAUGGCAGAUGCUGCCCUAGUUGUAGCCAUAUCCAGGAAGUAUGGAAAACGUCUUGCUUCAUAUACACUUGCAAUGCUAUGCUUAGCAAGCGGCUGUUUCUUCGCUAGCACUAGUUUCUUGCCAAGUUCAUUCUCUAUGUAUGCGAUGUCUUUCUCUUCAGCGUUAUUUCUUUUUGGGAAACCUGCUGCAGCAGUUGCUAUUGCAGCCACUGGAGUCAUUCUUGGGUGGCCAUUCUCAAUCUUGGCAUUCCUUCCGGUUACAUUUUACUCUCUAUUUAGAAGGUUUAACUAUGCAUUUAUAUCUGGCGUUGUCACUUCUCUUGCUCUUAUGGCAUUUUCAGUUUAUGUUGACUACUUCUACUAUGGAAAGUGGACAUCAUCUGUUCUCAAUUUGUUGAUAUAUAAUGUCGUAGGCGGUGGAGAGAGUCAUUUGUAUGGCACUGAAGGGCUGUUGUUUUACCUGAGAAAUGGCUUCAAUAACUUCAACUUCUGUUUCAUUCUUGCUCUGCUUUUCAUUGCCAUUCUUCCAAUUGCAAAGAAGAAGUAUGCUCCAGACUUGUUGGUUAUCAUCUCACCUAUCUAUAUAUGGCUAGCUUUUAUGUCUUUGCAGCCGCACAAGGAAGAAAGAUUCCUCUAUCCAAUAUAUCCACUUAUUUGUGUUGCUGCUGCAGCUGUCAUUGAGAGCUUUCCAGAUUUGUUUCGUGAUAAAUAUAAUCCCAAUGAUAAUUCUCUGCUUGUUGUGAUAGCAAAGGGUUUGAGACCUUUGGUACUUGGACUCAUUCUGUGCGCUUCCCAUGCCAGGACAUUUUCAUUGACUAAUGGUUAUUCUGCUCCUUUAGAAAUAUACAAGCAUUUGGAGCACCACGAUGAUGCAGGGACAGGUUCGACCGUUUGCAUUGGAAGUGAGUGGCACCGUUUUCCAUCAUCUUUUUUCGUCCCCGACUAUGUGAGUGAGGUUCAGUGGAUAGAUGAUGGGUUCAGAGGUCUUCUCCCUUUUCCCUUCAACUCUACAUUAGGUGGAACAUCUGCAGCACCAUCCUAUUUCAACAACAAGAACGAGGCAUCAGAUCAACAAUAUCUCCAAGAUCUUGAAAAAUGCACCUUCCUUGUAGAGUUGCACCUCCAAAGACCUUACCUUCCUCGAGGAAGUGACUUGAACACGUGGGAGGUGGUUGCAGCAUUACCAUAUCUAGAUCGUGAAUUGUCACCUUCCAAGUACCGGUCAUUCUUCAUCCCAUAUCUAUGGCAGCAGAAAAAUGUGUUUGGCUUGUACAAACUACUUAAGAGAAUACCGAAAUCAGAGACAUAA